AAAAAUUAUAACUAUGGAAAAAGAAGAGGCCGGAAGCAUCACUGUGCUCUUUCGUUCGGCUCCUGUUCCCUUUCUCUCUCCCUCUCAUCCUUUUCAGGAGGAAGGUUCUGUUCCGUCGCGAGGAUUUCGGACUGAUGUACUCUAAUAUUCCACUUUCCUAGCUUCUAGGAGAAUGUUCUGGCAUUUCCCAAGUUCUGGAUAAAUAGGGGGUUGGAUUUACGGAUUCUGGAGAUCCCGUUAUUGGGGUUGAAAUGUUAUGGAGCUAUGUAGUAUUCUGUUUAACAAAUGGCUUUUCAAUGCAUAACUUUACUGGAUUCCAGCGUUUUCCUUGGAGCUGAAUUAUGGUCUUCCUCACUAAACACCAUACCAUAAUGUGUGGAACGUUUCAUGGCAUGGAAAUCAGAAUUGGUUAGGUCCAAAUACACCUAAUUACUUUGCCUUUUGCUGUUCAUAUCAUUUGGAUUAGCUUAUGGAAACUUUGAUCAUAGAACUGUUUGCAAAGGGACAUUUAUCCAAAGAACCUACCUGUGAAUAAUUUGCUUCCGUGGAAAUGAAAAGCCUUACAGUUUUCAGGGUGAUCUGCAAUGUAUUCUGGAGUUUAAAGCAAGCAGAGAUACAAAAAUGUCAGAAAAUUUUUCAGUUUCUGUGAAAUAAACUCCGUUGAACAAAACAGUGCUGUGAAUAUCUUCUGCUUGUUUGUUGCCAAAUAAUAAAUUUGAUUUCAGAAUCAGUCAUGGCUAGUGGAGGUUUUGGAGGUGUGACAAAUCAUAUUUUUCCAUCUCUUGGACCUGCAAUCUUAGUAUCUAUGACAUAUAUUGACCUUGGAAAAUGGCUGGCUGCUGUUGAGGGAGGUGCCCGUUUUGGAUUUGAACUUGUGUUGUUGGUGCUUAUUUUCAAUUGCAUUGCUAUUCUGUGUCAGUUCCUUUCAACUGCUAUUGGCAUGAUUACAUGGAAGAAUCUUGCAGAGAUUUGCAGUGAGGAGUACACCAGACUGCCAUGUAUACUUUUGGGAGUUCAAGCAGAACUGUCCAUGAUAAUUUCGGACCUUACUAUGGUAUUGGGUAUUGCACAUGGUGUCAAUCUCUUAUCGGGGAUGGACUUGCUCUCAUGCAUCCUUUUUGCUAUACUUGUUGCCAUUCUACUUCCAUUUCUGCUCAAACUCUCAGACAACGGAAAGGCUGCUGAAUUUUUUGUAUACAUAGCAAGUUUUGCUUUGUUUUUCUAUGUGUUUGGAGUAUUAAUUAGUCAACCAGAAGUUCCAGUUAUAAAUGAGUUUUUGCCGAAAUUGACUGGGGAGAAUGCAUACUCUGUCAUGGCUCUUCUUGGAGCAAAUAUAAUGUCUCAUAAUUUUUUUAUCCACUCUGCCAUAACACAGAAGGCUGUUUUCGGAAGCUCGAACGAGUUUUGGAAUGAGAAAAACGCAGGGCAUAAGUGCCCAACUGGCAUGAUCAUGACCAGUUUGAGCAUGACUAGGCCGUGCCCAGGCGUAGCCACCUCAAGAUUGGGCGUGAUCAUGCCGUUGUAUCGAAACUUUCGGCAUGACCAUGCUAAAUUCAGGCGUGACCUUGCCACCGGGGCUGCUUUCACAUAUGGAAAGAUAUUCAAAAAUCCUAUAGCACCAGUUGCAUUUCUUUUGGUCCUUCUCUUCUCUUGUCAAAUCACAGCCUUGACAAGGAAUAUUGGAAGCCAAGUGGUUUUGCAACAUCUUUUUGCUACCAAGGUAUCUGUUUUGGUCCAUCACAUGUUUUCCAAAGGUUUCAUCGCUUUCGUAGCUUUCUACUGUACCAAAAUGGGUGGUGCUGAAGGGAUAUACCAGUCACUUAUUGUUUGUCAAAUACUACUUGGCAUGUUAGUUCCAUCUGCUACUAUUCCCCUUUUUCGAGUGGCGUCAUCAAAAUUUUUAAUGGGUGCCUUCAAAAUAUCCUGGUAUAUUGAAAUUUUGGCCCUUCUUGCAUUUUUUGGGACGAUUACAGCAAACAUUAUCUUCAUUGUAGAAAUCCUUUUUGGAAAUAGCAGCUGGGCAAUUAACUUGAGGGAAAGCAGUGGAAUUGGUACAAUUAUCUUGUUUAUCUUUCUUCUUGUUGGUUCUACAUCCAUUUGUUUCACAAUUUACCUGGCAGUAACACCGUUGAAGUCUGCAAGCUCCAUGCCAGAUGGACUGACAUCUAGCAGGAUUUGUCAGAAUGAUCUGCCAGAGAUUUUUGAUGGUAUGGAAGAAUCUAAUCUGGAAUUGAUAAACGAUAAUGAAGAUAUGGAAUCGGUGGCAGAAGCCACUUUUGAGAAGUAUGUUGGGAAUCAAUCCGAUAUGUCAACAAUCGAGUACAACCCUGACGUGUCCCAGGCUACUAUUGAUUCUGAUCAUGAUUCCCAGCUGUCAACUUUUGGCUUUAGUAGUAUUGUUGAUAUUACCUCUCAGUCUUUUGGCUUUAGUAGUAUUGUUGAUAUUACCUCUCCAACAUAUAAUUCAGAAAGUUCAGCAUAUAUGGCAGAAGAAAGAUCAUCAGAUACUAGAAACAAAGAUUCUAUUGAACCCAUACAUGGUGAAGAGAACUUCCACCCGCAAACUGCUUUUGUGGAAACUGUUGCUGUGAGUUUGACACCAGAAAUAUCCUCAUACACAGUAAAGGAUAAUGAGAAUGGGGGUGCUCUGGAGCUUCAGGAGUUUAUCCAUGAUUCAAUUUCUCCAUUAAUCUCUGAAAGCCUUAAACCUGUUAAUAUUGCUAAGGAGGCAAGUAAAGAUGGGGGAAAUGGCAGUGGAAGCCUUUCAAAAUUGUCAGGACUAGGGCGUGCAGGUCGGCGCCAAUUUGCAACCAUUUUGGAUGAGUUUUGGGGUAAACUUUUUGAUUUCCAUGGGAAGCUCACACAAGAUGCUAGCUCCAACAGACUAGACUUCCUUUUGGGAUUAGAUUUCAAAGCAGCCAAUUCUUUUGGUAAAGCAGAUACCACCAUGGCUGAUACGUCCAAAUUUUUGUUUCCGGAUGCUGAAAAAGGGCAAAACUUCUUACCGAAGUUGAGGGAGUACGGUUCUGCAAACCAAUUGAAAGUUCAAGUUGCAGACAUACCUUUUGGCUUUCGAAUGGGAACUUCAUCGCGUAACAAUAUUUUUGAUUCUGCUGAAAAAACCUAUUCUAGUUUACAUCUGCCACACUGUUCAGAUGAUAGGAAUUAUCAACCAGCUACUAUUCAUGGCUAUAAGAUGGCCUCUAGUCUCGAAGGGAGAAUCAAUACAGGCAGAACUUCUUAUUCCUCAAGCUCACAAAUCCUUCCACCAACGACCAAGUUUUCUGCAUCUUAUGUGUCACCAUUAAGGGAUCAGAUAUUGUAUGGUCAUAAACAAAAUAGGUUUGCUUCCAUGGGAACCUCAAGCCUACAAAACCAAGUUUUGUCGAGAUUGAACAUGGUUCAGGUUGAAAGGCCCUAUUUCGAAUCCCACUUGGUGGGAACAAGUGAGCAUGCUGUUUCCCCUGAAUACACUAAAAAGUAUCAUAGUUCACCUGACAUUUCUGCAAUCAUUGCAACAGCUAGGAACUCCUAUUUGAAUGAGAGUAAGCAGAUCUCUCCUAUUAGUCCGCAGACAUCUUUUGGUAGAAUGGUAUCAGAACAAUCACAAUAUUUGAACCCUUUGUCAAGAGCAGGUGUUCCAGUGCCCUUUGAUGAGCUCUCUCCCGAGGUUCACAAAGAGUUCUUUCCAUCACAGCCAAGUUUGAAUCCAGGUGCCAAAUCUCUUUUCUCUAGACAACCAUUCGAGGAACUGUUUGGCAUGGUUGGUAGAGACCCUAGUGGUGGAGAUGCAGGGGCAGCAGGAAGCUCAAGUACCACCGUUGCAGAGCCUUUUCCUUAUGCAGAUUCAGAAGCCAAAUUGCUUUAUUCUUUGAGAUUUUGCAUUCUGAACCUACUGAAACUGGACGGAUCAGAUUGGCUCUUUAGUCAAGGUGGUGGGCUUGAUGAGGAGCUGAUUGAUCAAAUAGCUCUAGCAGAGAAAUGCCUGCAUAUUGAUUCAAGUGAGAUGAGUCAGUCCUUUGCCGAUGAAUUUCAGUACUUGCCGUCUGAUUUGAAGUUAAAUUCGGUCAAGAGAAAUGAAGAGUCUGAUUUUCGUUGCCGUUUAACCUUACCAAAGUGUGGAGAUGGUUGUGUUUGGCGAGCAGCACUUGUUGUAAGUUUUGGUGUUUGGUGCAUUCAGCGUAUUCUAGAACUAUUACUAGUGGAGAGUCGACCUGAACUUUGGGGCAAGUAUACUUACGUUCUCAAUCGCCUUCAGGUAAAAUAA